CUUUUUUAUUUAAAAGAUAUAGAAGAAAAAAGUAAUUCAAUCCCUAAUAUUCAAGCAAGAUGUGUAUAUUUCUAUUACAAACUAAUGGAUUUAGUGAAAAAGUGUAAAGGUAACUGUAAUAAUACAGAAUGUUACCGUAUUUUGAAAAAACCGAGGCCACGUUCAAAUCCAAUACAUAUUCCAAAUAUAUGUCAGAAUGUUGUUCAUGAGAUUCAGUUUAUUGAAACUAAUUUUUAUGAUGCGCUUUAUUAUAUGGAUGAGCUAUAUCGUACUAUUCAUAUAUUAAGUGCGGAUAACAAUUCAUGUCAAAGAUAUAGUGAAGAAUAUAACAAAUAUGUUCAAAUAUUAAAAUCAUGUGACUUUAGAAAUAACUUAAGUUUUCAAAAAUUAAUAGAAAACGCUGAAAAGCAUUACAAUAAAGCAUGUCAUAAGUCAGUUGUAACUGAAAUCUCACAAAAAGUACCUUCGAAACCAUUAAUAAAAGACACAAACCAAGAGACAAGUAAAACUCCAAUGAAUGAUAUAUUGGCAAACGCAGUGAGAGAGACAAGUACACGUGCUAUGACCGAAACAUUGACAGGCACAGAAACAGGAGUGAUUGUUUUUUCAUUUAUAAUGUUAACAAUUGUAUUCGUACUUUAUAAGUACACACCCUAUGCUUCAUUUCUACCUCUAGGCAUAAAGGAGUUAAGGGCUACGUUAAAAAAAAACAAAAAGAAAUAUCAUAAUGACUUAAUAGACUCAUUUGAAAAAACGUACAAAAAUUCAAUAGAUAAGAAGUAUCAAAUAGCUUAUUCCUCAGAAUAUUAA